UUUUGGGGGGGGGGGGGGGGGGGUCGCAUGUAUCAUUUUUUUUUUUAUUUCGAUAGCUCACCAGUUGGACUUCCGCUCCAAAGUUUUAACAGCCGUUGAACUGAGCUGCGAGGAGACAUUGUGAUGUUUUAGUGACUUAAACCGAGAGUUUGUCCGCCGCUCCCCGGUUGUUCGCUAACUUGUGUCGGUGUUGUGUCGUCGGGGCUCGAGCUAGCCGUGUUAGCAGGGCUGCUGGUUGUGUGUUCGGGGCAGUGCGGCCGGGCCUCGCAGCUCAAGCUCCCACGUCACUGACUGGAGAGAUGACGACAAAAGAUUAGCUUGCUAGCUCGCUAACACCCCCCCAGUGUUUACUUCAGCCACGGCCGAAUUGUCGGCCCUUUCCUCGCGGACUCAUGAGCCGAUGAGCCCCGAGGCUCGGAGCUGGAAUGUGUUGGUGUUUGGGCAACAGUCUUUUUAUUUGCCAAAUUUCCUGUUUGGCAAAACAUCCUGAGAGGCCGUUUCACCACCAAGCCCCAAUGUUGUUUGUUCAACAGUUGGCUUCCAAUAGGUCGUCAUUCAUGUCGAAGUGAUAUAGUUUUAUAAUUUAUUUGUAGCUGCUUUUUUAAUUUAAAAAAAAAUGUGUUUAAAUAUGCAAUAAGAUUGACAAUAGAGGAAAGGGGAACUUUUGAAAGAAAUGUCCAGGCUGCCUGUAAACUCCUGCAAGCAAACUUUCAAGAAGUUUCAUUGUUCCCCGAAUUCACCGUCUACAGCAGAUCCAAGAGGGUGUUGAUACUCAAACUGCAGCGUCAGCUUGGCCCUGAAGUCCAGUGGAGGGGUCUUCCCCUCCCCACCCCACCCCAUCGGGUCACACACACCGCAAUGUCAGAGACUCUGAUAACGGGGCAGACAUCGGAGGAUCUGUUGACUGACUUCGAGACCUUGCUGAACUCCGGGAGCAUUGACCUGAGCGAGAGCCACCAGAUCGUGAUCAUCACCACCCCCGGCGAUGAGGGGUUCCACCCGGCCGUCGCCCCCACCAGCACAGGGGAGAUCCUGCUGUUCGCCACGCCACAGGGCUCGGUCGACAUGGGGGUCCAGGACAAGAGGCGGCCAGCGCUGGGAAGACCGCCGGUAAAGAGGAAGUUGGACCUGGACAGUGACCAUCAGUACGUCAGCACGACCCGACCGUCCAUAGGCCAAGUGCCACCCUCCACACCUGCUCCUCCCAGAGUUCCUCGAACCGCGACGGAUAAGUCCCGCUACGACACUUCCUUGAACCUGACCACCAAGCGCUUCCUGAACCUGCUGUCCCAGUCGGAGGACGGCGUGGUGGAUCUGAACUGGGCCUCGCAGGUCUUGGAUGUCCAGAAGAGACGCAUCUACGACAUCACCAAUGUCCUGGAGGGAAUUCAGCUCAUCUCCAAGAAGUCCAAGAACAACAUCCAAUGGCUUGGUAACCGGGUUGACGCGGCGUUGGUUUCCCGCCAUAAGGAGUUGCAGCGAGAGGUGUGUGACCUCACAGAAGCCGAGGAGCAGCUGGACGAGCUCAUUUCCAAAUGCAACCUCCAGCUCCGACUGCUCACGGAGGAACCGCAGAACAAGAAGUUGGGCUACGUGCGCUGCCAGGACUUAAAGAAGUCCUUUGAUUCCCCGGACCAGCUUGUUAUGGUGAUCAGAGCGCCACCAGAGACACAGAUGCAAGUUUCAGAACCCAGCAAGGGUUACCAGGUGUCGCUGAAGAGCACGCGCGGUCCAAUCGACGUCUUCCUCUGUCCAGAGGACAGCUCGGGCGUCUGCAGCCCCGUGACGGGAGGUAGUCCCUCUAAACCCGAUGCCGACCCUUCCCUGAUCCUGCCUCCCACACAAUCCGCAGACCAGUCGCACUCCAGAAGUUCAGCGGCGGCCGAGGACGUGGCUUCCUCGUCGCCGGCGUCAACGUCGUCCACCGUGACGGCGGCCUCCCAGCACGACCCCACGGCGCUGGUGUUGGGUGGCGACGCAGAAUCGCUGCUGGGAGGCGACCCGUUCUCCAGCCUCGGAGACAUGCCCGAUUUCAACCUCUCGCCCCUCUCCUCCUCGGACUUCCUGAAUGCAGAUGGCAUUCCCCUCCAACUGGACGGUUUCAUCAACCUGUCCCCCCCCCACAGUCACGACUACCACUUUGGACUGGAGGACCACGAAGGCAUCAGUGAACUGUUUGACUGUGACUUUGGUGACCUAUCGCAAGUUUUGGGGGAUGGUUAGA